AUGCUAGCUGCAACGACCAAGUCAAUGCAUAGGGUGCCAAACAAAUUAUCUGGUGAACGAGAUCCGAUCCUAAUGGACGUCUGUGACAGUUCGCAGCGAUCCUCCACCCGUCCUUGGUCUUCCUACUCACAGUUACGAGCUGCCGGUGAUGGAAGAGAACUUCUACCAGGAGAAAGUAUCUACGAUAUUAAAUUGCCCUCGUAUGAUUCAGUUAAAUCGUCAAGUCUAGAAUCAAUUAACGACUACACGGCUGAAGAUAAUCAAAUUUCCAAGCAUCGCGCAUAUACCUCAAUGUCAGAAGUGGAGAACAAGACUAACCUCAUUGUUAACUACCUGCCACCGAAUACAUCACAGGAAGAGGUUAGAUCUCUGUUCGCCGGUAUUGGAGAAAUAGAAAAUUGUAAACUCGUACGGGAAAAAGCCACAGGAGAGAGUCUGGGCUAUGCAUUUGUCAAGUACUACAGUGCAAUUGAUGCCAAGAGGGCAAUUGAUACAUUUAAUGGCUUAAAAAUGGAGAAUAAAACAAUCAAGGUGUCCAUAGCACGUCCAAGUUGUGAUGCCAUUAAGGGAGCCAAUUUAUACAUUUGUGGUUUACCAAGAACUUUAAAAAUAAACGAAUUAGAGGAUAUUUUUAAGUCCUGCGGACGUAUUAUAACAACACGCAUCCUGUGUGACAAGAGGACGUCGGCUUCCCGUGGAAUCGCAUUUAUUCGCUACGAUCGACGCUCAGAGGCGGAACGUGCCAUAAAAAAAUUGAACGGUUAUAAAUUUCCUAAUACAAAUGAUACAAUGAUGGUGAAAUUUGCAAACUCACCCAGUUCCCAUUCAGACAGCCAUCGGUCUCCCUCCUCCCGCUCGACAGUAGCAUCAUCUGGCUGUCGAAGACGAAAGAAGGUUUCACCCGCCUCGGUAGGAUCAAAAUCACAAAUGUCAAAGGCCUGUGAUACUGAGGACUUGACAGCCUUGCCAACAGCAAAUCAUGUAUCACCUACGGCUAGUUUAUUUCAGGUAAAGGUGCCACAGUUCUACAACCUUGAUCAUCCACGGGGAGCUCCUUUUUAUCCACCCCCAAUGUCACGUUUUGGAGUAUGUGGCAAUGAGUACAGCACUCCUUCGACCGUUAGCUUCAACAGACUCUUUCAAAUUCCCUCAUGGGAACGAACACAGUUGGGUUUCUGUCAACUAGCAGCUUGGGGCUACUUUCAGCACCCAAUGCCACUGGCAAAGAUGAGACAUACAAUACCUCCCCACAGAGGUGAAAUUCCUACCGGGAUUCCUCUCACCAACUUUCUAAUUCAUAGGCCGCCACCGCCACCGGCACAAGUCCAUAUCCCGUGUAUGAAGCGUGGUAACAUUCAAAGCACCAUAGAUAUGUCAAUCUCCAUGAGAGCUCUCUUAGCACCUGCCUACGCUGCUAAUGCCGGCGCCUUGACAACCAAUGGGUGGUGCAUAGUUGUGCACAACCUCGGAACUGACGCCGAUGACGCGGUGUUGUGGCAGUUGUUUGGACCAUUUGGAGCUGUUCACACCGUAAAAACGGUAGUUGAUCCCGUAACAGGCAAGUGCAAAGGCUAUGGCUUUGUAACAAUGGGAAAUUAUGAAGAAGCUUUAAAAGCUAUUCAAGCUCUCAGUGGUUUUAUCCUAGACAAUCGAAUACUUCAGGUUGCCUUCAAAACAAAUACCGAUUACCUGAGGGACAAUCAGUGCGCUAGAAAACCUUUUCAUGUUGAAACUUUAAAAGGUAACAAUGCUAGAAUAAAACGACGUACCCGACGCCCGGAGACCUAA